AUGUUAGAGACUCUUCCUUUCCAUGUCCGUGAAAGCAUGACUAAAGUGGCUCCUCAUCACGAGUCAGUAGAAGCUUUGUGGUUAACGAAAUGGAGAACUCCGGUAUACUCCCAAACGUGCUCGAGAGGGAUAUACCCUUUUGUAGACUGCAAAUUGGAAGAUUUCGAUCCCAUUUUUGACGAGCUUAUCAAGGUUCGUCACUCUGACUACAAAACGUGGCUAUGUACUCAUAAUGGCCUCCAGCAAAAGCUUGUUGAGCCAUACGACCCAGAUACCUUGGCGGCACCAUUUUUCCACCCUGCAAAAGCUUUGACAGAACAAGCUUUGAACGCAGAGCGGAGCGGCAACGUUGUCUUGGCAUCAGAGUUGUAUUUACGCGCAGCCGGAGUAUAUCGAAUGGCACGUUUCCCGGUCGCAAGAUCUCCAAAGACAUUUGAAGCCUGGGAGCUGGGUAAGGAGGCAUAUUUGAAAGGUAGCCGCUACCUCAACCCAGCAAACAUCGAGAUCACCAUUCCACAUACACACAGGAUCGACAGCGAAGGUCCAGAGAUCAAAUGCUACCUCCGAGUCCCCGAACACGCAUCGCCGACCCAGCAAGUUCCAAUUGUCAUAUUCAUCUGUGGACUCGAUGCAUAUCGAACGGACCAUACGAACAGGACUUCAGAGCAUGUAAAGCGUGGGUUCGCUUGUCUUAGUGUCGAGAUACCAGGGACGGGUGACUCGCCAGCAUUAAAGAAUGAUCCGCUCAGUCCUGAACGACAGUGGUCGAGUGUUCUUGAUUGGAUCCAGGAGCAAGAGAUGUUUGAUCGAAAAAUGAUCUGUGUUCGAGGCGUGAGUACUGGGGGUUAUUAUGCCAUGCGUAUUGCCCAUACACACGCGGACCGACUCUUAGCAGUGGUGAGCCAAGGCGGUGGUAGCCAUAGGAUGUUCAGUUCUGAAUGGAUUAACGUGCAGAAUAAUAUGGAAUAUCCUUAUGCACUUGUCGAUGCACUUAUGUACAAGUUUGGAUAUGAUUCUGUUGACGAGUAUAAGAGGACUGGGAAGGAGCGAUUUUCCUUCUUAGAGAACGGCAUAUUUGACAAUCCAAGCUGUCGGCUAUUGUUGGUUAAUGGAAUGCAAGAUGAGAUUUUGCCCAUUGAAGAUUCUAUAAUUCCUCUUGAAUAUGGAAACGUCAAGGAAGCACGGCAAGUUCUCUGCUUC